CAGACUGUUCUGCAGUAACAGACAUGUGGAUGUUAAAACAGGGAAUCUGUUGAAAAGAUUGCGGAGGAACUGCUUUCGUAAAGCAGUCUUGGAUGGCAGUUUGAUGGCAGUCAGCUAUGGUUGACAUGAUGAAGGAAGCAUUAGAAAAACUCCAACUCAAUAUAGUAGAGAUGAAAGAUGAAAAUGCAACUUUAGAUGGUGGAGAUGUCUUAUUCACAGGAAGAGAAUUUUUCGUGGGCCUUUCCAAGAGGACAAAUCAACGAGGUGCUGAAAUCCUAGCUGAUACUUUCAAGGACUAUGCCGUCUCCACAGUCCCGGUGGUUGAUUCCCUGCAUCUGAAGAGUUUCUGCAGCAUGGCUGGGCCAAAUCUGAUUGCCAUUGGGUCCAGUGAACCUGCACAGAAGGCCCUCAAGAUCAUGCAACAGAUGAGUGACCACCGCUAUGACAAACUCACUGUACCUGAUGAUGUGGCUGCAAACUGUUUAUAUAUAAAUAGUCCCAGCAAAGGCCAUGUCCUGCUGCACCGAACUCCAGAGGAAUAUCCAGAAAGUGCAAAGGUUUACGAGAAACUGAAGGACUAUCUGCUGAUCCCCGUGAGCAUUUCUGAACUGGAAAAGGUGGAUGGGCUGCUCACCUGCAGCACAGUGUUAAUUAACAAGAAGACCACCUCCUGAGCUGCAAGAGGCCCACCCUGGUUGCCUUGCAAGACAGCGCCAGCAAGGCCCAUGACUGUCCCCUCCCCUCUCCCGUUGUUUUCCUUGACAAUCUACUGUGCCACUGUGCUACUAACUUGUUUACAAAAAAAAUAUGAGUUUAAUUGUAUCCUCACCCCCCACUUCCCCUCACAGUGGUACUUAAAGCUGUGGACCUGCUAAAUGAAUUAAGCAACCUAGAACAUGGUAGUGCUAAUGAAUCAUUGAAAUAUGAUUAAUAAUAGUAAGGACACACUCAUUUUCAUGUUUGUAUUAUCUGUGUAAAAAUCGUUUAGUUGCCAAUAUAAUGCUGAAGAAAGUCUUGAUCAGUCAGAUAAGCUGCUUUUUUUUAUUAGUAUACCUUUAUCAUGCAUCAUGUUUGGUUCCUGUGAAAUUUCUUCGUCUACAGAUUCUCCCUGUUUUCCUCCUAGACUCUGGAAACUUCUUCCCCCCCAGUUACUUUCUUUGGCCUUUUGCAUUUCUAUCACAGCCACCUCAGUCUUGAAUACGAUUUAAGGUCUUGCUUCCUGGCUACCUCCAGCGCAGGUUCACUGUCUGCCCUCAGUAUCCUCUGCCUGCCAGCUGCAACCACAACCUCCCUCUCUCCUUGCGAGCAGACAAGCUAUUCCAGUGACCCAAACCCCAGAGGCUGUUUGGGAGAGUGUCAGUCACAAAGAGGCUUAGACGUAAAUUCCAGAAUCAGGGCACCACACCUGGGAAGGUGAAUACAACACCAGAUGAUUUGUUGCUAAGGGAUUAUGGAUCAGGAAGUUUAGAAACACCUGCGGGUAUAACAUCUUAGAAAGUCUUAAGUCACAUUCCAUGAAUUGUUGCUUCAUGACUGACCAUAAAGUUCCUUGAAGGAAAGUCUUAUUCUUCUCUUUCGCCUCAUUUCUCUUUGCCUCUCCCUUGAUUUCAGCCUAUUUUCCAGCCUUCUACGCCUCCUAAUUAGUCUAGAAGAGCCAUUCCUUCCAAAGGAGAUGUCACAUGCAAACAUGGUUACAGAUGGUUGAGUGUGAGCUGCAGCUCAGUGUUAAACCAACCUCAGACAGUGGACGACCACACUUGGCAAUGCCCCAGAGAUUGGCUAUGGAAUUCCAAUAAAGCUUCCUCUUCUCUAGCCUUCUCAUUGCAUAGCUCCCGGCCAACAUGAUUUCUAACAAAGAACAAUGCCACGGGGAAGCACAAGAUCCUCCUCUUACGUACAACCAAAAGAAUCCACCAAUUGGCAUCUAUUUUCCAGGAAAUGGCGACUGGCUCUGGCACAUUGUCAAGCUUCCCGGUCAUUGCCAUCUUUCCUGGAUUGCCUAUGACUUGUUGGUUAAGGACCAGAGAAAUCAGUGUGUGUUUCUUCAGGGUUUGCUCUACUCACCUCUGAGGUCAUAGACAUUCCUGAUGUUGAUGACCAAGAGAGAAUGGCCUCCAUUCAUGUCAUCUUUCUCUUAGCACCCACAAGUGAGAGACCCUGGGGAGAGCCAAGACGGCCUUAGCCACUCCCUUUUGUCAGUGACGUAAUAACUUUAUCACAGACAUUUGAAGAAAUU